AUGAAAUCUCGCCUCGAAGCUUUGGGCCCCCUCAUUGUGCAGAUUUGUAAUAUCACCGGAACUCCUGGGGUUUCUCUUGGUGUUUUGCAUGAUGGCGAAAUUCUUCAUACCGCCAGUUACGGGUUUCAAGACGUCAAGCGCCAAGUUGAGCCUAAUGUUGACACGAGCUUUGUUGUCUGCUCCAUGACGAAGGCUAUUACAGCUUCAAUGAUCGGCAUGGUGAUUGACGAGGGGAAGCUAGACUUUUCAACCCAGCUAUAUCAAAUCUUCCCGGAAUACCAGCGAAAUGAUGCUCAGGCGAACAUCACGAUUGAAGAUCUCCUAAGCCACAGAACCGGCCUCGCAUCCUAUGAUGGUCUUUGGCUUAGCUCGGAUAACCAGAUCCUAUUAAACCGUUCGGAAGCGAUUCCGAUUUUGAACUAUUCACCAGCUGCUAGCGCCUUACGUACCGAGUUCAUCUAUAACAACAUCGCCUACGAAGUUCUUGGUCAGGUUCUUGAGAAAUCGACUGGUUCUACCUACUCAGAGCUACUUCAUAAGCGUAUUAUCGAGCCACUGGGUUUAAAUCGGACUUUUUACGCUGAGGAACCGUUCGAUAAUAACACUGCCAAAUCCUAUACUACAUUGGAGGACGGUUCCUUCUAUGAGGUUCCGCCGUGGGGUCAUGGCAAAAACUUACUAAUUGGAGCAGCGGGCGCAAUACGUAGCUCUAUCAGCGAUCUUUUGGUGCUGUAUAAGGCUCUGGUUAACGCCGCGAACUCUCAAGUAGUUCAAAGGUCAGUGUUAGGAGCCAAAAAUGUUUUUAAACAGACGCCACAGCUCUUACAGGGUAAGGUUGGAGUACCCAACCAAUCUCUGAGAGAAUACAGUUAUGCUUCAGGGUGGAUUCGGGCAGAACUCCCCGCCAUUGUUGAUUUAUUCGUCGAUUACGCGCCACCGCUUCUGGGUAGCGGAUCAGCCUCGCGCCUCAUGAUACAUCAUCAAGGAUACAUAGCCGGAAAUGUUGGUUAUAUUACGCUUUUUCCAGAAACAUCGACUGCGGUCGUCGUUUUAGGGAACUCUGCCGGAUUAACUGACACUAUGAGACUUCUAGGCCAAGUCAUUGUGGAGACUGUUCUAGGAAAUAAAGUCGAUGCGGAUACAUAUCUCAAUAUAGCUAUCGCUGCUAGUAAAAACACUAUUGAGUCUGUGAACACAGUACACAAAGAACUUUUAGCUGGUAAAACUAUCGACCAGCCCACGCGAGAUAUUACAGCGUAUACCGGCCGCUAUUAUAACGUCACUGAAAACUUCUUCAUCGACAUAAUUGCAAUAGAUGGGAGAAUUCAAGUAGCAUACAUGGGUUCCUCCAACGAUACAUUCGACUUAAUACCAUAUGAAUCCGACAGUUUCUUUUGGUGGUUGGAUUUCAAUGAGAGUGCAAAACGGGCAAGAUUACCAGGAUACCCUAAAGAAUACUUCAUUCUAAAGUUUGGCUGCCCGUCAACAUCUUCGUGGUUGAGGUCUCGUACCGACGUUGAGAUGGGCUGUUUAACUUGGAAGCAUGAGUUUCAGCUUGCGGGUCCGGGAGAAGUUUUUCGAAAGAAGGCCAGAAAGCCGUAUACCGAUGACUUUGGAGCCCUUGGUAUAUUCAAAGAAUUGAGAUGA